AUCCAUUUGCUUUGCCUUUGCAUGUCUCUAUGCUUUGAUAUCUUUCCUAUGGAUUAAAUUAUCUAAUUGGUUGUCUAUCUUUUCCUAUCGUAAAAGAAGGCAUAUGUCUCAAUGUGAAUAUUAUAGCAGUGGCAUCUUUUCAAACUUUCACACGGGAGAAUUUUCUUGUCUAGGUCUCUCAAUUACUUUAAGGAUUUUCCUUCUUUUGUUGUUUACUAAGUUUGAUGGUGUAAGCAACAUUCCUGGUAAGCAAGGGGGAUGCUGAGUUAAGGAAGGCACUCAAGUGAACUGACUCUUCACAACCUUUAUGUUUUAAACAACAUACAGUGUACAGAGUUUGAUCUUUGUAACCAUACACAAUCAGACCAAUAUGGAAUUAUCUUCAUGAAAGGACUGAGUGACUGAACCUUCUCCUUGCAAAACGCGCAAAGAAAUCUUUGGGGCUGUUAGCUCUAUGUUUUCAUGUUGCAUGAGCCCUUAUUUCCGCUGGGUUGGAGUUUUGGUCGGGAUUAAUUUAAUCCACUUUAAGCACACACCAGUUUCAGUCUUCUUGUAGUACAAUUUAAGAACAAUUUAAUCGCAAGGAGCUAGGAAUUUGAUUGCAUUGUUUAUAUCAUGUAUGGCUUUUCUGAUAUCUGAGUAUCUGACUGCCCUGUGAGGCUGUGACUGAUGGAAACACAAUCUUCAUAGUUUGUGACGUAUAGUGUACCAUGCUUAUCAAGACAAUCGUUCUAGUGUGGUGGUAUACUUUUUGACCAAUGACUAACACCUUGACCCUACUUUUCGUUAGAAUGUAUGGUCUUACAAUAUGGAAGUUUUAGCACACAUGGAGGCUAUGGAGCUACUAGAAUUAUUCAAUUUUUGACUUGAUUUUUGAUGAAAGGAAGUUUAGGAGGUAUGCGACCAAGGUGUGCUAGUUAAAUUUUCCAAAACGAGGAAAAGAAAUAAGACAGUUGUGAAUGAUUAGGUGCAUUGUCCCUCAGAUUGAUUCUUCACUUUGCAUUGUCAUUUAUCCCAUGACAUUACCUUAAGCAAUCCUCUGUCGUUUAGGGUUACUGUAUCCCUUCUCCUUCAUACCCUUUUUCUGUGCUACACCUGUGACUUGUUAUUAUUUCCCUUUUCUCAUUGCUUCAUGUGUUUUCUGCACUUAACUUUUACCAAGUCUAGUAGUAUAAUGGAUAAACACCGGGAUUUGCACUAGAAGUUAUGAAGCCGUGCAAAUCAAAAGCUGUCUUUGUAUUGGUGCCUCGUUAAUGGUAUUAUAUGCCCUCCAACUUGACAUAUUGCUGAGAGCCCGAGACCAAAAAUAUCAUGCUGAGAAUAACCUUGCACCUGAGAAUGGAGGCAAACAUCUAAGAAAAGUUUAACCCAUAAACUCGACCAUGAGCUACCGCCUGUUGAUAUAUCUCGAUAAUGAUAUUGUUAACCAAGUCGUGCUCGAUAUAAUGAUAUGUUGUAGAUGUGAUAGCUAUAUUUGAGUUUUUCUUUUUGCAGAUUAUACAAUAGGGUUUGUGUUCUUCCAUUGUCUUUGAUGGAGGAGUGAGGGUUAUGGUGUAGCUGGUACAUUGAUUAAUUAAGCACAAUCAAUGUAACUGAUUGAUCUAUGUUGUUUAUGUCCUCUUUCAUCUACACAUUAUCUAAUGGUUCCUACAUUAAACCCUGAGAACGGAGAAGCUUGUGCAUAUUCUUAUAAUCCUAUUACUUGCUCAAUAAAUAUGUAUAAAACGCUGUUGGAAUUCCAAUUACAGUUGCACUUCUCAUGAUUUGUUGGCCCUCUCCUGCACUUUGUUGCCAAAAAUUAAAAGCAAUGAUGAAUGAUUUUAUGCAUAUGAUUUAACCUAAUGUAUCCUUAAAAGUCAAAGAAAAUUAAUCUAAUGUUAUAUUUACGCUAAUAUUAAAACAUCACUUGCAUAGUUAUUAUUGUUGACUAUGUAUAGGUGAGGUAAAGAUGAGAGAGAAAGUUAGAGAGAGAGGCUCUAGACUAAAGUCUUUGAAAAUAAAAAAAAAUAGAAAACCUAGCCCCUUGCAUUUUCCCCAAAUCGAUUUCCAGAAAUUCCUAGUCACCCAAUUUGCGAAAUCUUUGCUAAGAUUAACCAUCAUCAUCUCCAUUAUACCAGUGUUUGUAGGAUGCAAUGGAAUCUAUUUAACCAAGAUUUUCAUAAUUCAUACCAGAAGAUUUCCUCAAUUUGGGGUUAUAAAUUCUCAAAAGAAAAUUUUGAGUUCUAAGAGAAAGAAUUGUUCUCUAUCUGAUUUUCCCCAUCUAAAUUCUUCUUCAGUUCAGAUUUCGCUCCAUGUUAUUGUUGAUGGUAUUAAAGAAUUCUUUUUUCUUCCCUUCAAGUUUAAAGUGGGUUUCUUAGCUAGGGUUUUAAGGGUUUCGGGUUUUUCUGCGGUGGAUGCUUGGAUUGGGUUCUUCUAUGCUUUUCGCAGCUCGCUGCUGCUCAUCAAUGGUGCUCGAGUGGGUGCUGGUGUUUUUCUCUCAAAAGAUUUCGGGGUUUUGGUGAGUGUUCUUUCAGAACCCAAACUUCCCUUUUUUGGGGUCAAAGUGAGUGGGAAGUUGCAGUUACUUGUCUUCAUUGUUAUCUUACAAUGGAAGCUUGAAUUAGCUGCUAUGGUAUGGCAUUAUAUAGUCCUAUUGCUCUCUAGUACAAGUAAUUAUUUGUUUUAUGCUAUAAUUAUGUUAUUCAAUAACAUUAGAAGCUUGUUCAAGACUUGUCAAUUGUUAGGAAAAAUAUGCAGAAAUUCAUUAUGUCUGCAUUACAAGAACUUGUUAUUUUCUAAAAACUCCGAUUUAGGCUACCGAAGCUAUUGGACUGGAAUUUUUCACUCCAUUCUAGGCCCUAGAAGCUAUUGGAAUGGAGAAAAAUGGUUUUGUCAUCAUGUGCCAAAAGAGGGCCUUGACUAUUUUGUUCAUCAGAAAGUUUGAAAAGAAAAAUGCAAUGUCUUUUUGCAAGCUAUUAGUUAUGUUUCGAUGAAUAUAUAUAGACUGUCUGCCAUUCAAGAUGUAA